AUGUCAGGAGCUUCCAUCGACGCUGGAUACAUAGAGUCUUCCAACGGUCAAGGCUAUGUCUUCAAAGGAGAUCGCUAUGUCAGCAUUAAGGUCAUUCCCGGCACAACCAUCGACCAGAUCAUCUAG